CCUCCAGCUGCAGUACCGGUUCCUUCCUCACGGGACGCACGUUUCAUCCGGCUUCCCACUCAAGAGUUUAACCGGGCCGACGCACGUCCUUUUCCACUGCGCCUGAAACAAUCAUAUUUCAACAAAAAUGGACGCGGGAUUUUUCCGCGGUACGAGUGCGGAGCAAGACAACCGUUUCAGCAACAAGCAGAAAAAAUUGCUGAAGCAGCUGAAAUUUGCAGAAUGUCUCGACAAGAAGGUGGACAUGACCAAAGUGAACCUAGAAGUCAUCAAACCAUGGAUCACUCAACGUGUGACUGAGAUUCUGGGAUUUGAGGAUGAUGUGGUCAUAGAGUUCAUAUUCAACCAACUUGAAGAGAAGCACCCUGAUAGCAAGAUGAUGCAGAUCAACCUGACGGGGUUCCUGAAUGGCAAGAACGCCCGGGAGUUCAUGAGGGACCUUUGGCCCCUACUGCUGAGCGCGCAGGAGAACAUCGCUGGCAUCCCCUCUGCUUUUCUGGAGCAGAAGAAAGAAGAAAUCCGACAGAGACAGAUUGAACAGGAGAAGCUUGCUUCCUUGAAAAAGGUUGACCAGGAUAAGAAGGACAAGGACACAAGAGAAAGGACUCGAUCAAAGAGCCCAAGAAGGUGGAAGACAAGGUCUCCAGGGAAGCGUGAAAGGAAGCGUAGUCCGUCUCGAUCCCCAGUGCGCAAACCCAGCCCAGUUGUUGGAGACUCCCCCCCUCCACCUCUGAUGCAGUCCAACACUAAAACGUCACAGCAGCCUGAGGAGCCAGACACGUCAGGAACAGGCAUGCCAGAAACCGUUAUCCAAGAAGCUUCGUCUACUGGGUUAAUUGACACAGUUGUAGAGUCAGUUAAAGCCGACUCUGUGGCCGAAGUCAAAGAACCGUCCCCAGAGAAAUCCCUCAAAAAAGAGGAAAGACCGAGGUCUCGUGAAAGAGAAAAGGAAACGAGGAGGGAAAGACCCCACCACCGCUCUCGCUCACGUUCUCACUCUCGUUCUCGCAGGCGACGCUCCCGUUCCAGAUCCUACUCCCCUCGUAGAAGACAAAGUCCCAGAAGGAGAAUGUCUCCCCGUCGGAGGAGUCCCCCUAGACGGGGCCCCACCAGCUCCAGGCACAGACACCGGCGGUCUCCUGUUCGCAGGAGGCGUUCCCGUUCUGCUUCCUCUUCUGGUAGCAGCUCCUCAGGGUCACGUUCACCUAAGAAACCUGUGAAGAGAAUAUCUACCACGCCGCCCCGGAAACAACUCCAUCGUCCUGGCGCUUCUGUAAGCCCUGUUGGGAAGGACAAACCCUCGCCGUCUCCUCAAGCCAGGAGAGGCCGGGGCUCCGCUUCCCCACCAAGAUCAUCAGGUGUAAAGCGAAAACCUGGAGGAAGGGGAGAUUCUCCACCUGAUUUUGUAAAGGCCAGAACCUCUGAGGGGUCUGAGUCAGAGGAGGAUAAAAAUGAAAAAGGGGCAACAGCAGAUUCGGUGCAGCAGCGACGUCAGUAUCGCAGGCAGAAUCAACAGUCCUCUUCAGAUUCAGGAUCUUCCUCCUCAGAAGAUGAAGGACCUAAGAGGUCAGCAGCAGGGCCAGGCGCCAGAAACGGUGAAGUAAGGAGGAAACGCAGCCGUACGCCUUCACCUCGUAGGCGACAUAGAGAUCCCUCCCCAAGGAGGAGACGUUCUCCAUCUCCUGGACGCAGACGUCGCUCUCCUUCUCCCACUCGACGUCGUAGAUCUCCUUCCCCUCCCAGACGCAGGUCUCCUUCCCCUCCUCCCCGCCGUCGUUCUCUGUCCCCCAGACGAUAUUCUCCCCCUAUCCAGCGCCGCUACAGCCCCUCACCUUUGCCUCCACAGAAGAGGAAGCUGUCCAGUUCUCCCACAAAGCGCUUUUCUCCAGGCCCUAAGCGACGCUCCUCCAGGUCACCUAAACGUAGAAGCUCUCCCGCUCAGCGGAGACGUUCGCCUCCUUCCUCCUCGUCUCCCCCGAGACAUAGAAGGAGCCCGCUGUCUGCCAGGCCGAACAGGGACGCCCGAUCCCCUGUCAUGUCAGCUAGACGCCUCUCCCCUUCCCCCGCUAACCGAGGUCGCCCUGUUCGGCGGUCCACUAGUCCCCAGAGACGCUUUGAUUCGUCCAGCACGUCCCCCUCCGCCCAGCGAAGACAGCAGUCCCCUCUGCACAGCAGUAAGCUCAUCCGUAGGGUGUCUCGUACCCCAGAGCCGCGCAACAAAAGAAUCUCCCCCAGUCCGAAGCCUAUAAGAAGAGCUUUGUCGAGAUCCCGAUCGCUUUCCCCUCAACCGGCAGCUCAGAAACGUCCAGCCCCAGCUCCGGCCUCGGCUUCCCCGUCACCUUCCCGCUCUGCCAGCGGGUCUCCACUUCCUCCUCCCCCAGCCAAAAAGGCUACCAGUGGUUCUGGCAGUCAGUCUCCCAGCAAGAAUUCAGAUGUUGAUGGUGGUGGCAAGAAAAAGAAGAAGAAGAAGGAAAAGAAACAUAAGAAAGAUAAGAAACACAAAAAGCACAAGAAGCAUAAGAAGGAGAAAAGCAGUGCUGCUGUGACCGGCGACGUCCAAGAGAGUCGACCUGCAGAGGAAGACGGUGAUUCAAGAAAGAUGUAUUAAUCCUUGUGCAGGAAUCGGAGAGUGAAGUCGACGACACCUUGGACGAUCUGGAAAAGCACCUCAGAGAAAAGGCACUGCGCUCAAUGAGGAAGGCCCAGAUGUCUCCUUCAGAGAUGUCCUGAAAUAUAAAGCUUUUGAGUUUUCCUUUCACUUUUGGUGUUUGUCAUCAUCCUAGGUUCAGCUUUAGAAUGUACAAAUUGUUGAUUCUUGAAUCUUGUUUCUUUUUACAGGUUUGGUACAUUCUGGAAAGUGAGUUUCUUUAAAAAAAAAUAAAAAAAAUGGAUCCAUUAGAUAGUUUAUCUAAACUGUAAAACUUGUGUUGUCAAUACUUUCAGAUUGUUAAACAGGAGAAAUUUUUAAUUUCAUAGGUUUGAGUCGGGCAGGUUAAUGAUAUGUCAAUGUACAGUAGAUCAUUUAAAAAGCGAUUGCAUGUUCAGGGAUUACCUCUGAUGUGGAUUGACCACUGACCAUAUGAAGAGCGUAGGGAAAUAACACCAUACAAUAAGAAACUGUUACUAAUGUCUUUCCCCAGUGGAAGCUGCAUCAACGUCAUGAGCAGCUGAAGAGGCUUUAACAAAAUGUCCUGUUUCAUAUUCUAACUUAACUGAGGUGUUGGAUCAUUUAACCUGCUUUAUUCUGACUUUGAAAUUGUCUUAUUUGAAAAUGAAAGCAAUUUGAUGUGAAACAUGCUUUAUUUUUUUUCUAAACUGAUUGAUAUGCAAUUUAUGUUGAUGCCCCUGACCGUGCUAAUUUCUGUGGGACUGCUAUAGUGUAUGAUUUGUAUUUAGUAACCUUUUCUCUCGUCAUCCUGUCAUGCUUUCAGAAUUAAACCUUUUUUAAGACACAGCGUAAA